AGUGUUUCUAUUUCUCUAAUCAUCUUCGACUGUGUUGUAGACGUAUGCUGUGACCCCUGUAAGGUCUGCCCUCCUGGUUGGACUCUGUUUGAAGAUCACUGUUAUGUGUACGAGCAUACUGCAAAGACCUGGGGUGAUGCAGAGGCUUCCUGUAUUGACCAGGGUGGGAAUCUGGCAUCGAUCCCUGACAAACGCGCGUUUGAAUUCAUAAAAAAGAUAAUCCACAGAGCGACAGGCAAACAUUCUCGUGCUUGGAUUGGAGGACAUGAUGCGCCACAGGAAGGCAAGUGGCUUUGGAGCGAUGGUACCAAGUUUGGUUUUACAUCCUGGAAUGCUGGGCAGCCCGACAACUAUCAACAAAAAGAACACUGCGCCGAGAUAAACCCUGCGAGUAUGUUCAACGACCUGCCUUGCUCAUUUAAGAAUCCUUAUGUUUGUGGCAAGCACGUGUGAAGAUCCCCGUCAUGUGCUGACACAUCUGCCAUGGUGAUGUCACAACCCCACGGAUGAUGUCACCUCCACCAGGGUGUCAAGCCUUGAUGACUUGAUCAGUGCUGGAGGACCCAUUGAAUGAAUUAAUUUUGGUUGAUUCAAUAAACAUAAAUCCUGUUGAGGAA